AUGCCGUUCGUGAAUCCGUUCGCCAAGGACGAGAAGUCCUUCCCAGGAGUCCUAGUACCACUGUCUGGUGGUUCGCCAACAAGUAAAAUCCCAUCGAAAAAGAAAUCCGUAGGCGGCACUUUUGAAGAAGAGGGCGCGGCGAGCCCACCACCCGAGUAUGAGGCAGAGCUAACCAUUGAGGCUUUGAGAGCUGAAGUUGAAGCUUCUGUUGCGUCCACAGGCCAGGAUACUGCAUAUGACAGAAAAUCUAUGGUCAUUAACCGGGCGGUCCAGGAUAUUGGAAUGGGCCGUUACCAGUGGCAGUUGUUUAUUUUGUGCGGAUUUGGCUGGUUCGCAGACAAUUUAUGGCUGCAAGGUGUUGCUCUCACGCUGCCAAAACUGUCCCUCGAGUUCGGUGUUAGUGAAUCGCAUGUUCGAUUCACUACUUGUGCCUUGUUCAUUGGUCUUUGUCUAGGAUCAGUUAUCUGGGGAACUGCAUCUGAUAUCAUCGGUCGUCGGCUUGCCUUUAACAUGACGCUCUUCCUAUGCGGUGUUUUCGGCCUAGCAGUUGGUGGUAGUCCAACCUGGAUUGGGGUCUGUGCUAUGUUUGCCUGUCUCGGUCUAGGCGUGGGUGGGAAUUUGCCUGUCGAUGGCGCAUUAUUCCUCGAGUUUCUUCCUUUCGCAUCUGGAAACCUUCUUACUAUGCUCAGUGUGUGGUGGCCUGUAGGCCAACUGGUUGCCAGUCUUAUUGCGUGGGGCCUCGUACCAAGGUAUACUUGUGCCGAUGGUCUACCCUCCUGCCACCUUGCUCCAGCACCAUGCUGUGCCAAAGAAGACAACAUGGGCUGGCGGUACUUCACAUAUAUCCUUGGAGUGCUCACCUUCCUCAUGUUCUUGUCUCGUUUCUUCCUCUUCCACCUUUUUGAAUCCCCAAAGUUCCUGCUGUCCCGUGGACGCCAAGAAGAAGCUGUUGCUGCUGUACAUGGCAUUGCUUACAAGAACGGAGUCAAAACUUGGCUUACUGUGGAAAUCCUUAAUGAGAUCGGAGGACAUCCAGAUGAGGUACAAAACCAGAAGCUGAGUACCGUAGAAAUCAUUAAGAGACAGUUGAACAAAUUCUCUGGAGAGCGCAUCGCUCCGCUCUUUGCAACGAAGAGACUUGGACUUACCACUGUUCUUCUGUGGUUCUGCUGGGCAACUAUUGGAAUGGGUUACCCUCUUUUCAACGCUUUCCUGCCGCAGUAUCUUGCACAAGGUGGUGGUGACAAAUACCCACCUCCGACCACCAAUACUGUUUACCGUGACUAUGCCAUCACUUCCAUUGUUGGUGUUCCCGGCUCUCUGAUCGCCUGCUACACCGUCGACAUCCCAUACAUCGGACGUAAGGGUACCAUGGCUAUCUCCACUCUGAUAACGGGAAUCAUCCUCUUCUGUUUCACACUCUCCCCUGAUCCUAAAGUCCGUCUGACUUGCACUUGUCUCGAGGCUUUCUUCCAAAAUAUCAUGUACGGCGUUCUAUACGCUUACACACCUGAGGUUUUCCCAGCACCCAACCGAGGUACCGGAACAGGCAUUGCCAGCUGCCUCAACCGUAUUUGUGGUCUACUAGCUCCCAUUGUCGCUAUCUACGGUAGUAGCGCAAACCCCAAGGCUCCUGUGUAUGCAUCUGGUGGCCUCAUGCUGGCUGCAUUCGUGGCCAUGGCAUUACUUCCAAUUGAGACAAGAGGGAAGGCGUCCCUCUAA